AUGAAGCCCCGACGAACAGAAACUGCGAAAGCAUCGGGCUCUAAACUCAAUGUCAACCCAACAAGCGCAGGCACCACUGUCUGGGAAUACGCCAUUCUUAUCUACCUUGCGGCUAGCCACCUCCUCACCGACAAUCCACGUCAUAUUCAGUACCGGGAGUCUGUCAAAGAUGCCAAAAAAACUACACAGGAUGCAGGAGGCCGAGAUGCUUCUGCCCAGGUCAAAUCUACACGCUCAUCGUCUACGUACGGUGGUAAGAACAAAGACCCUCAACACAAAUAUCACUCAAAUCCCCCGCCCAAGAGGUCCUCCCAGUCACCACCCUAUCCUUCCUAUCGAAAUGACCAAGCAGUCCACCUCCACCCGGUUGAAUCACAUUCAACAUUUGACCCAACACACCCGGUAGAACUAUCGAAGGUGCAGAUGCGAGAUGCAUGGGCGCGAAUGAGGGCUGUCUCGAGGCUUCGUGUCGAACCAGUCGCCAUGGGUUCUUCAAAUGAUCAAGAAAGGGUCAACGAAAAGGUAAGGAAACAUGUGCGAUGGGGACCGGUGCAGACUUACGAACACGAACACCAGUACCAGUACCAGGACGAUGACGAUGACGACGAGGUAGAGAAUGAUCAUGAUCACGGAGCGGCAUUAGAGAACGCGGAGACAGGGCGUAAAUGGCAGGCGAGCGACAAGAGAGUAGUAAAGGGGCAAAAUCAGGGGACGAAUGAUAGAGUGGUAGGGAAGGAGCUGGAGAUCUGGGAUUCAGCUAACACAGGGGGCGAGCACGAAAUCUGGGGACCAACCAUUGAUAACACAUUUUGA